AUGCCUCUAUUGCUCGAACACCGUUCUGCCAUCCCAUCUUCCCUCUACAAGCUGCUGAUCGGAAGUGGUAUCAAUAGUGUGGAAGAAGUUGUGUUUUCAAACAUUGGAAAUUUAUUAAAAAAGAUUUCUCGAUUUUAUGCAUCAGUGAUGUAUGAGAGAAGUCAUGAAGAAAUCUCAUCGGAACAACCACAUAAUCAGCAUCAAAUUGUGGAACAGCCAUCAACGGAACUGACGAGACAAGAAAUUGUGAUGGUAGAAGAUGUUGAUGAAAAUCAAGAAAAAACUACCAACUCGGAUUUAUCCAACAUUAAGUUUGAUCCAACAGUUGUUAAAAAGCAACUUUAUAUUUUACAAGAAUAUUUCAUCAGUAGAUAUGCCCCAAAAUCUGUGAGCGUUGAACAAAUGCUAUUGAAUAAUGAGAAGACUCAAAUUCAGCCUCUCAAUACAGGAAGCGGUACUCUAGAUAUGCUUCUUGGUUCUGGAAUACAUAUUGGAGAGUUGACAGAAAUAUUGGGCUAUCAAUCAAGUGGAAAGACAAGUUUAUGCAUGACAGUCGCUCUCAACAGCAUUAUUGAGAAAAACUCAAAUACUGUUCUUUGGAUUAGUUCAAACUCCUCUUUUAAUGCUAGAGAUUUUGCAAAACUUUACGAGGCUAAAAGCACUCUUUAUAGAGAGCAAAUAAGACAAUCUCAACUAGAAUCUCAGACUUCAAACUCUGGAGAUGGAAAUGAUAUAUGCUCUCUCUGUGAAACAUUGUACAAAAUUAGAGUUCUUGAUAUAAUGUCAGCUCUUGAGUUAAAAAGCAUGUUACUGGAACUUGUGAACAUAAUUGAAAGUGGACAAGAUGCAUUCUACAACACUCUCAGACUUGUGGUCAUUGACAGUUUGGCAGUCAUACUCUCGCAGCUAUUUCCUACAAGGGUCAACUCAAAAGUUUCCGAAAAAGAAGAUUGUAGUUUUGAUGAGCUAAUUCGGCUAAUGAAGAAAAUUGCCAGAAAAUACCAUAUUGCGUUUCUGUACACUAACUAUACCAUCAAUGAAAUGGACGAUAGAACAACGCUCGGAGAGUCAUGUAAAUAUUUUUCACACGUUCGUCUAUUGUGUAAGCGCCUCGAGAAACAGCCUAUCAACGAAGAAGGAACUUUCUUUGAGGCCAAGCUUAUCAAAUCACCGAGAAGAUCCUUAACUCAUCCAAGAGUUUUCUUCCAAGUAAUGAGUCUAGGAGUUGUAGAUGUCAUUGACAUGAAUAUGUUGCCUUUAUUCCGUUGA